AUGAUGAGGACAGUCUUCAGCCUGGUACUUGUCUGCUCCCUUUUUGUGAUCAAAAGUGAAGCGCUGCAGUGUUACACUUGUGUAGGUUCUAGUGACGAAGACUGUAACAGACAAGGAACUCAGCAAUGUCCAGGGCAUUCAGAUGCAUGUGCAGUGAUAAGAGGACAAGCAAGUGGUAUUAUGAAGUCCUGUUCGUUCAGGUCGUUCUGUGAGCGGGCAAGGAGAGACGGAUCCAGAGCGCCCGGAGUGAGCGUUCACUGCUGUUACUCAAACAAUUGCAAUGCAAAAAGCCUGGGCUCAAGAAUCACCACCUCCAUGAGCUACUUAUCUCUCCUCAUCUUCACGCUGUUUUGGCACCCACUGCUUAAGCUGACAUGAAAAAAAAAAAGUUUCCUCAAGCAACAGCUCUGCCUUUUUAGAAAAGAUUGGAUAUAUUUUCUAAUCAUGUUACUCCAUGUACCGUAUUUUUCAGUAGGAAAAAAGCA